GAGCACAUGACGUGGCCCGUGGGUGUGGUGCGCAGCCGUUUGUCAAUCACGAGCCUCCUUCCUUUCUCUCUCAUCAGUUCCAGAUUCCAGGUCUAAAAGAAGAACCCAGAAACCAACCAUACCUACAAUGGUACUGUAUUACUGAAAUAAACCCAAAAAAGCCAUGUUGAGAUCAUCGUUAAUUCAUCGCAUAACACCCUUCUUAACCACUCGGAUUCGCCGUAAUCACAGGAUGCUAAGCUCCUCUUCUGCACUUCGCGAAGCUUCUUCUCCUUCAACUUCCCCUUCCCCUUCCCCUUCUCUCGAUGAAGCUAUUCACCUAACUGACAAUUGCGUUCGGAGGAUGAAAGAACUGCAAGCCAGUGAAGGAUUGGCUGAGGAAAAAAUGCUUCGCUUGGGGGUGGAAACUGGUGGAUGUUCUGGUUUCCAAUAUGUAUUUGACUUGGACAGUACAAUCAGCCCAGAUGACAGGUUUUUAUUUCUAGUUUUUGAGAGAGCUGGAGUCAAAUUGGUUGUUGAUAAUAUUUCAUAUGAUUUUGUGAAAGGGGCAACAGUUGACUAUGUUGAAGAGCUGAUUCGUUCUGCUUUCCUAGUGACUACAAAUCCAAGUGCAGUGGGCGGGUGCAGCUGUAAAAGUUCAUUCAUGGUACAACAAUAGUACUAUCAAAGCUCCAUACAGUUCCAACACAACUGAGAAGUCAUCAAUAUUAAUUUUCAUCAGUGCUUAUUGAAUCUACUUUUAACCUGAUUUUUCCCCCAGCUAUCAUUAUAGUCUAGUGGUUGUGCCCAUCCCUUGUAUAACAAUAAUGUGAUGAGGACUUUUUUGUAUUCUAUAUUUUUUAAUGAUCACAACCAUAGUGUAAUUAAUAUAAUUUUCACAAUGUGGAAAUUAUUAUACUGGUUUUUCUUGUCCAAA